AUGCGCCAUGGCCGCGGUCCCUAUCGCCUCCCACCAUGCCACCCUUCGGAACGAACAAAACCUUGUCACUGUUCUUACCGAGUCGCUCCACAUCAGAGCCUUUCAUACUUCACACCCACCCUCUCACGCGCGCCGCUCCACGUCAUCACCCUCAUCAUCGGCGCGCUACUCUCUUCUUCCUCGUUUCCCGCCUCGCACACUCGCGACGUCGCUGCUCCGCGCCUCGCGGUAGCGCAAGGCGGCGAGGCCGCGUCGCUGAAAGCCGCGUUCCUCGUUGAAGCGUGGUCGGAAGCAUACGGGCUGGGCGGAGACUCUGUGCUUCCCCCUUCCGCCGUCCCCCUUCCCCCCGGCGUGCCCGCUGCGCCGCACCUGGAGGACUGCGCGCGAGUGAGCGCUGAGCGGGAGGCGUGGGAGCGGAGAGGCGCGCUGGGAGAGGAGCCCGCUUGGACCCGCGGAGCCCCAAGGCAGGCGGAUGCUGCUGCUGCCGGUGAUACUUCCCCUGGGUGCUCGGGGCAAGCGCAAGGGGAGGAGGUCCCGCAGCCGCCAUGGAUCAGAGGGCCAGAUGAAGCCAGUCUGCCGUUGACACGUGUCGUGCAGAGAGACAUCUGGCAAAACCAGUUCCCCCCUGGCGAUUGCACCGACAGGCGCCUCCUUGUAGCCCACUGGGCCAAAUCCACGUCGCACGGCGUUGGCUCCCAGAUCCACUACCUGAGCGCACUGCUGAGUGUGGCUAUGCGUCACAACCGCACCCUCGUGGCUCAACCCGACGCCUUCGACCGCGCUCGCACCCCGUCCUGUGAAGCUGGACAACAGAUUUUCUUCCCUCCAUUUCCCCGUUUCCCCUCCUCCUCCGCGUUUCCUUCCUCCCUACCCCUCCCCUUCAGCCUCUGGGGUGACGCCUUUCUGGCCUCGCCCUGCACUGUGCAGCUGGACGCCAAACUCGCAGCUCUUUCUGGACUUCAACACAAGGUAGGGAGGGACUUGUUGCGCUGCAAGCUGCAGUUGUAUCACGCGGAGGAGCAGGUGGUGGUGCUCUCUCUCACCACCUGCUCCUCCGCGCGAGAGAGUUGUGAGAGAGUGCGCCACCACCUGCUCCUUCUCGUGAUACGGCUGCAGUAUGCAGCGCAGCGAGUCCCUCUCCUGCACUUUUUGGGGACGAAAUGUUGGCCGUGUUGGCAUGGGAGCAUGUGCGCGUGUGGGGUUGGGAGUGUGACAGCAGUGAGUGGCUGGUGGCGGGCACACUCAGUGCAUUGGUGGCGGGCGCAGGCGGUGCGAUUCAUCAUGCGGUGGCCGUCGGCGCAUCUCUGCCACGUCACCAACCAGGAGAGGCACCGCGCCUUCGGCAUGCUCGCAGCCAAUCUUGUCACUCGAUUCCUGCACACCCAAUCAGAAACCCUCUCCUCCCUCUCUCACAGCACCACCCCUGCUGCUGCCGCCUCUUCUGCACCUAUUCCUCUCAACGUCCCAGCCAAUGCAACUGACUGGGAGGCAAAGAGGAGAAGAGCGGCAGAUCGGUUGGCAGCUCUUGCAGGUUCAUCCUUGUCCUUCCACUCAGACGCCACUGGCAGUGCCACAGGGGGUGGUGACAAUGUUAACGGCACGGAUGCCAGCUUGUUGCUGGGAGUGCAGGAGCCGUACAUGCCGCGGCCUAUAGUGAGUCUGCAUGUAAGGGGUACGGACAAGUUUGCAGAGAUGGGGCUGACCUCCCUCGACUCCCACAUCUUCCACAUGAACCGCCUCCGCCACCACGGGCUUGACCUCUCCCACGUCUGGCUCAACACCGAGACCCAGGCCAAUGUGGACCGAGCGGUGGCGGAUCACCUCUCCUGGAGUUUCUUCUACUCGUCGAAUGCGCGGCAGCAGGAAGCUGUGGGGGGGCUGCGGGAGUAUGAGUGGGCGCAGUCGGUGGCGGUGAGCCUUGCUAGCGUGUUGAUCGCUGCGCAGUGCGAUUACUUUGUCGGCAGCCUCGGCUCUAACUGGAGUCGCCUCAUGAACGAGCUUCGCUCCACCAAUGGACGGCUGGGUGCUGGAUUCAUUGCUGACAAUGUUGAGGAAUGGUGA